AUCCUUUUUUUCCAUGCUCAAACAAAUAGCAUAAAUCGACCCGAAAAAAACGAGUGGCUUUGAAAAAUCUCCUUUUUCAUCUGUCUAAGUCCUUUUCUCUUCGUCCUUCACAAAACCCACCGAAACUCCAGUACUCUGCAAGAAGAAAAAAAAAACAGAACUCAAAAAAAAAAAAGACGAACCCAGAAACAGAACAAGGGGAACGAAUCCGUAAAGCAAUUGUCGGAAGGAAAAAAGAAAUGGAGAAUAACGGAGCGGAGAAGACAGUGGUAACGAUAAAGGGCACUUUGAGUUUACUGAGGCAAAGCAUAGAAGAAGAAGAAGAAGAAGAGAGAUCGAAGAGAAUAAUAUCACUGGGGAUGGGAGAUCCGACGGAAUAUUCGUGUUUCCGUACAACAAAAGUGGCAGAAGAAGCUGUGUCCGAAGCUCUUCUCUCUCACAACUUCCAUGGCUAUGCCCCCACCGUUGGCCUCCCUCUCGCCCGAAGGGCCAUAGCAGAGCAUCUCUCGCGUGAUCUUCCGUACAAACUCACGCAAGACGAUGUUUUCAUCACGUCUGGAUGCACGCAGGCCAUUGAUGUGGCAUUGACGAUGCUCGCUCGGCCCGGAGCCAACAUUCUUCUUCCCAGGCCCGGUUUUCCUAUUUACGAACUCUGUGCCAAGUUUAGACAUCUCCAAGUUCGGUUCUUUGAUCUUCUCCCCGAAAAAGGCUGGGAGAUCGAUCUUGACACUGUCGGAUCUCUUGUGGACCAAAACACUGUCGCAUUGGUGGUUAUAAACCCUGGUAGCCCGUGUGGGAACGUGUACAGUUGCCAGCAUUUGGAGAAGAUUGCAGAAACGGCGAAGAAACUCGGGAUUCUUGUCAUUGCUGAUGAAGUUUAUGGUCAUCUUGCUUUCGGGAGCAAACCCUUUGUUCCAAUGGGUGUCUUUGGAUCUACAGUUCCGGUUCUCACUCUUGGAUCUCUGUCUAAAAGAUGGAUAGUGCCCGGUUGGCGGCUCGGGUGGCUCGUGAUUACUGACCCCUUUGGCUCGUUUAAAAGCCCCAAGAUCAUUGAGCGGUUCAAGAAGUACUUUGAUAUUCUUGGAGGACCAGUGGCGUUCAUUCAGGCCGCAGUUCCUAAAAUCCUGGAACAUACCGACGAGCAGUUCUUCAAGAAAACGCUGAAAACGCUGAAAAAUUCGUCGGAUAUUUGUUACGAACGGAUCAAGGAGAUUCCUUGCAUGGACUGUCCUCAGAGACCAGAGGGAUCUAUGGCCAUGAUGAUCAAGCUGAAUCUGUCAUUACUGGAAGAUGUGAGCGAUGACGUGGACUUCUGUUUCAAGCUUGCAAGAGAGGAAUCGGUUAUUGUUCUUCCCGGUGAGUAUAUCAUCUUUGCACAGCCAAAAUUAUGUGUUCAAGGUCAUGUUGUGGAUAAAACUGCGAGUAGAAUUAGGGUUUUUAACCUAAGGUUUUCACAUAUUAUACAUGCAUAUGUAUGUUCACUGUUUAUCAUACGGGUUGAAGAGAACCCAAAAUUCGAGUAUCCGACUCGAUCCAUAGGUCAGAUACCUGAAUAUUCUAUGAUCAUGAUCAGAUUGGAUAUAUUAUAUUUAGGAAAAUCCGAAAUCGGAUAUAAAUGUAUGAGACGGGUAAGAGAAAUUCAUUUACCGUUUUACCCAUAUAUUUAAGUUAUGACAUAAAAACUAAAACUAGGUUUCAUUCUCCCUUAUUACUAAUCUUUUUCGGUUCACAUUUUGGUUUCAAUAUUGAUAAAUUUAGAAUGUAUUUCACAUGGUUUUUAACGUAAAAAUACAUUUGAUUGAUUUUGGAUAAAUUUAUACGUAUAAAUGUGUGAACAUUAAAUCAAAAUAUAUUUGAAAUAUGCAGGUUCUUUACCCUCGAUUACCGAAUAUUAUCUAGUAAAUAUUCAGAUUCAGAGAUCCAAGGCAUGGAUAUGAAAUCGGAUAAUGAGAUACAUAAUUCGAAAAUUUGGAUUCGAAUUCGAGUACCUUGAAAAUUUCGAAUACCUAACCCGUGUCUAUCCCGAUAUAAUACGGGAAGAAAACCUAACCUUUUCAUGAUAUAUAUAUAUAUUAACCGGUUGGUGAG